AUGCGAGUUAUCGGAGCCUGGUUGCAAGCCGUACCUCGCUUGAAGCAUUUGAGUCUUACUCAAACAAGAGAAACUCGGCGCGGAGAUGCAUCUACAGUGGAACACAUAGAAGCGUCCCUUUUCAUAGCGCCCGCCGCUGUGGCCCUUAUACCCGAGCUCACCGCUUUGCACGUCGACGGGCUCGACCUCGAGCUCACAUCCGACAUCUUCCUCAACCUAGUCGAGCUUUCCUUUACCCGCACGACAUUCCACGAUACACCGCGCCGCGGCAAUCCUGCCAACCUCAGGGCUGUAUUCCAACGUAUGCAGAAGUUGCGCAAGCUCGCUUUGGUCGACGUGCGCUUCGGGUCCUUCCCCGAUAACGAUAUAGGCCUCCCUCCGUCCUUGCACCAUCUCGAAUACUCGGGCGGCUCACUCGAUGCUCUAUCGCGAUUGAAGCCAUCGGCGUCUGUUCGUGUCAAGCUAAUCCGCACUGGACCACCGAUCACCGCCUCAAAAUACCGGGAUACCCCUAUUCUCGUCGACGUCUUUAACGCAUGGCUAGGAUCGGAAACUCCUGCAACAGCCGUACGUCUUACCUCCCGGUCGAAUUCACACACUUCGGAAGUCCGCGUCGCAUAUUGGAGAAACACGGGGAGCCAUGCGAAUGGGCUCGCGCCAGACUUCGAAUUCAACCGUCGGUUCGACGGUACCUCCUGGGUAGAGGAUAUCAUAACUGGCUCUACUCACAACAACAUCACGCAUGCCACGCUUGACGUCGAUUGGGACUCGCCGCUCUUUCGCGGCAAGGCCGAUUGGCUGGAAUGCUUCGGCCCUUUACCUUAUCUUCACACCCUGAUGCUCACUGGACCACCGAUGGAGACGCCUGUACAUACAGUCGUACAGCAGCUCGUACUUCCCGCCCACAUGGCGACUGUGCUGGACGAGAUGGUCUCUACGGCUGACGUUGGGGUGGUGGGCUGGCGUACUUUGGUUUCGGAUGUACACGUUCGACGUUUAGCAUAG